AUGGUGCACCCAUCCCACCGUCGUGGAGUAAGUUUUGCGCCAUUGCUCGCGACGAUGACGACCGCUGAACCAUCUUUUUUCCCACCAGAACCUUUGGUAUCGAACAUACUGAACCCGGCGAAUGCAGCGACGUCAAGCUGGGCUUUGAUAUUGACGACAGACUCUGACUUGCAAGGUCUCGAGGAUGCGAUCAACGGAGGUCUCACCUUUGCCCUCGUUCUCAACCCCAUCGCCUGCGGCGUCACCUUUUUGACACUCUUGUUCGCCAUUUGGUUCGCAUGGCGUCAGAAACGGGUCGCCGCUCUCCUAGGAGUCAUCUUUGGUGUUAUCUCUGCAGUCCUCGCCACCAUUGCCUUUGUCAUUGACAUCACCAUCAUGACUGUGGCCAAGAAGAAUGUCGAAAAGCUGUCUGACAACUUUUCUGUUACCUAUGAACAAACUACAUGGAUGACCCUCGUGGCUAUGAUUCUCUUGUGGAUUGCAGUCAUUAUUUUCUGCAUCACUGGUCUAUCUUGGAUCAACGUUGAUUGGGCAUCCGCCGAAAGCAGAUUCAAACGGACAUUCUACACGACAACCGAAGACGGUCAAUCCAGGCCUCCUACAGUCCAGUCAUUCUUCACAUGGCUAUUCAAUUUCGUCAUGGCCGAUUUCCAGCCUAGAGCAUCAUUCUUGGCAGGAUUAUUGCUGGGUUUACGA